AUAUUAAACUAUCAUGUCAAUUCACAAUUUAAAAUCAAUAAAUUCUAAUAAGUUACCAGAAGCUUUUGUUCCACAAAUAACCAGAAUCAUAUUUGCUGUUGACGACUUUGCUCCUUCACAUCAAUCUUUAAGAAGCUUUUUACGCUAUAAUUUAAAUGACACUGCAAACAACAACAAGCACGUACAAUUCGUCGUUCAAGGUGUCGCCAAAGGUGCAAGGGGUUCCCUUGGUGUUCGUAAUGGCGGUUGGAUCAGAGGUGAAUACAUUAACGGGAGAGAAAAAGUUAUUGCUACGAAUAGAUUGAAUGCGCAUUCCGUUAAAGAAAAGGUCCAGCUUUUGCUUGAUAGCUCUGGUAAGAAGAUCGUACCACUCAAGAAGAAUCCAGUUGAAAGUGCAAAUGAGUCUGUUAGAGGUAUAUGGUCUCCUUAUCACACUAAGGAUGAUUCGUCGACCCACUGGAAGGUAUAAUAGCACCAACUUUUGACCUAUACCUGUACUUUUACUUUUGAUAGAUUUUCGCAUAUGAUCAA